AUAUAUAUAUAUAUAUUAUAUAUACAUACAUAUAUAUACAUAUAUAUGCAUCCAUAUAAGCAUCCCCCACUGUAACUCCCUCCCCCACUCCGGCAACUCUCUACAGUUCCCUCCCUCCAAUUCCCUGCAGUUAUGCCUAAUCUCGCAACCCUAAUUCUCCCACUAACCCUAAUCGUCGUCUUUUUGGCACAAUCUUCAGCCAACGUUUUCAAUAUUAUGCACUUUGGAGCCCGGCCCGACGCCAUAACCGACUCCUCCGCAGCUCUCCUCGAGGCUUGGUCGCUAGCCUGCGCCUCCGCCAUGCCCUCCACUGUCUUCGUCCCACCUGGAAGAUUCCUUCUCCGGAAUGUUCUAUUGCAAGGUCCUUGCCGGAACCCUGCCAUGGCUGUCCGAAUCUUCGGCACCCUCCUCGCCCCCGCCGACUACAAUGCCAUCGGAGAUAAAGGCACCUGGCUCCACUUCGAAGGACUCGACGGCCUGUCCGUUCUCGGCGGCACCAUCGACGGCCGCGGCGCCGCCCUCUGGGACUGUAAGAAAACUCGCCGGAAUUGCCCCUCCGGCGCUACGAAUUUGGGGGUGACGAAGUCGAAGAAUGUAAUGAUCGCCGGCGUGACGUCAUUAAACAGCCAAAUGUUCCACAUAGUGAUCCACAGCAGCGACGGCGUCCGCCUCCGGGGAAUCUCCGUCGAGGCCGCCGGCGACAGCCCAAACACAGACGGAAUCCACGUCCAGCUCUCCGGCGACGUGUCCAUUUUCAACACUCGAAUCGGCACCGGUGACGACUGUAUCUCCAUCGGCCCCGGCACCGACCGUCUCUUUAUCCACAACGUCGCCUGCGGCCCCGGCCACGGCAUCAGCAUCGGAAGCUUGGGUAAGAGCUACGAAGAACCCGGAGUUCAGAACAUUACAGUUGAGAACGUGGCGUUUAAGGAAACGCAGAAUGGGGUGAGAAUCAAGACAUGGGGAAGACCGAGCCGAGGUUUCGUACGAGGAGUGGUUUUCCACCACGCCACCAUGUCCGACGUCCGUUACCCCAUCGUAAUUGACCAGAACUACUGCCCGGAUAACAGAAACUGCCCCGGUCAGGUGUCGGGAGUGAAGAUCAGCGACGUGAGGUACGAGGAUAUAAGGGGGACUUCGGCGAGCGAAGUGGCGGUGAAAUUCGACUGCAGCAAGGCGAAUCCAUGCGAGGGGAUAGAGAUGGAGAAUGUCAACCUGAGCUACAUGAACCGGCCGGCUCGGGCGUCCUGCUCCAACGCCGCCGGUUCGGCUUCCGGUCUAAUAAAUCCCACCAGCUGCUUGGACUGACCGACUCACCAGACCCUUUAUAUAUGGAGGAAGACGAACGACCCGAGCCGAGCCGACACGGCUUCUGCGCUUCGUCUUUGCUUGAGCUAGCCUCAUACGGUGUCGUUUUGCCUCCCACAAACACACCAUACACGCACACGCAUUUAUUAAUUUAUUGAUUAUUGAAUAUAUAAAAUUAUUACGUUCUGUUAAUUAGGUUAAUUAAUCAAUUAAAUUAAAUCAAAUAAAUUAUCAUUCUACUUGUUAUG